AAUCGAACGUCAUUAUCGGCCAUAUCUCUCUUAAGUGACGAACAGGUGUACGAUCCGUGAUCAACGCCGCACGGCAUAGUUUUGUUGAUCGAGAGGUCUUUUCGUGAUAAAAAUAAGAUGGCCCGGAUCGUCGCCGUGAAGGAGUAUCUCGAGAAGGCGUUGAAGGACGAGAGCAAGCCAUGGGCAAAAAUGUUCGCCCGCGCGGAGGAGAAGACCGGCGUCGACCGAUUAUACAUCUUUGUCGGCUCAUUAGUACUGCUGGCCUUAUAUCUGGUAUUUGGCUUGGGACAACAGCUAGUAUGUAAUAUAAUCGGUUUCGUUUAUCCUGCGUACCAAUCUAUGAAGGCGUUGGAAAGUCCCAAGAAAGAGGAUGACACAAAGUGGCUUACUUAUUGGGUCGUUUUUUCUGUAUUUACCAUAGUAGAGUUCUUCUCUGAAUAUAUCGUCUGUUGGUUUCCUGUCUAUUGGCUGUUCAAGUGUAUAUUUUAUGUGUGGUUGAUGGCACCAACCGAGUACAAUGGUUCCUUGAUUCUAUAUCGCCGUAUCAUCCGUCCAAAGUUCAUCCAGUAUCAGCCUGGAUUAGAUAGACUUUUAUCCAAUGCACGUGAUACAGCAGUCAAAACUGCAGCGGAAGCAUUGCUGACCAACAAGCAAGAUUAACGGAGCUGCAAAUCAAAUAAAUAGAAAGCCCAUUUGUAUCUUUCCCUUUUUACUCAUUCCUGGAAAAAAACAGCAUGAUUUUUGUGCUUUGCUAAAUAAUAUUGGGCGUUCUAUAUUAUAAGAAAUGCACAAUGGCAAGAAAAAUGUCAAAAAAAAAAUUUUUUUUUGGAGUAUUCAAAUACAACAAGUGAUUGUUUAAACAAUCAGGGAUACACUUUUGUUCGAAACUGCGAGCAGCAAAUAUGAAGAAUAGAAGAAUGAAAAAGUACCUCUCUGUAAAAUAAAUCAUUGACUAUUUUAUUAAUAUUAACGAAGUAAUUAAUAAUUUAUUUUUCAAAGGGAGAUUUUUUCCUUCUUUUGUUCAUAUUUACUACCUAUACGUAACAAUAAUUUGACUUUUAGAAUUACAAAGUAAUGUGGUUCAGGAAAGUUGCAGGGUAGUCUGGAAAUAGAUGUUUUGGUUCCAGUUGCUCGAAAUAUCGUUUACAUAGCGGUUUCGAGUGAAAUUGAAAAUAAAACUUGGAGUGUUCUUGUAUAGUAGAGGAUAGGAUAGCGUCGCGUGUUUUUUGCCAUUUAUGUAAUCAUGGAUAAUUACAUAUGUAAGUGUACUUUAUUCUUAGAAUGUUUCACCAACGAUUUGAAUUCCAAUUAUCUGAUGAUUUAACUGAUUUUACGUCUUCUUGUAGAUUAAUGUUGCGCAUUUGUUACCACCCUAAAUUUUCAGAUUCUCGCACAUAAAGAUCAAGUUACUUUUUAAAUCAAUUUUUGUAUAAUAAAACAUUUAUUUUUGUAUGUCAGAAUGUCAAAUUACACAAAUUACUUAUUA